AUCAGUAUGUUUCUGAGCUCCGACAGCUGCACUUGAGCAUUAAAAUGUAUAAUAGAAUUAAUGUUAUAUUUUUGGAAAGUACUAUUCUGUUACUUUUGUCGAUUAUUGCCCAAUCCCUAAGUGUAAUGGAAGGCUCGAACACUAGAGUGCAUAUAGAGCAUCGCGUAUUGGAUACAUUUCAAGCGGAUAUUCCGAAACAUUUUAAACAAAUCGGGCCGAAAUACUACUACAUCGAGCAUAUCAAUAUUUUUAAUUGGUUUGGUGCUGCGGAAAAAUGUCGUCAAUUCGACGCCCAUCUAAUCAAUCUUCAAGACAAUAUCGAGUUGUAUAACGUGGGCUUGAACUUAAACCAAUCCCUUAACUAUUGGACCGAUUUGAAUAACCUCGUCAAUCGAAACAUAUUUUAUUCACUAACAACUGGAACAAGUGCAAACUUGCUAAACGACAAAUUAAAGAGUGAGAAAACUCAUGAUAUAAAUAUGUGCGGACUCAUACAGUUCGAUAAUAACAAAUCAAAUUUUAUAUUGGCCAAACACAAAUGCGUGGAUAAAAAGGCUUACUUUAUUUGUGAGACAACUCAACCAACCACAAUAUCUUUUCUAUUAUGGUGAAAACUCAAAUACAUCCAUUCAUAUUUAUUAGUACUCGUUUUACUUCAUCGACUCAUAUGUAGUACUCGUUUUACUUCAUCUACUCAUAUGUAUUACUCAUUUUACUUAUUUAAUAAACGCAGAAUAUGUUGUACA